AUGCCCAUCCUCAUAGAACAAAGUGAAUGGAACAGGACAUAUCUGUUUGGCGUCCAGGGAAAGACCCAGGGGAAAAACAUUAUUCUGGUCAACACUGUACUGGCCUUUGCUCGGCAUGCGGCCUGGCUUAGGAGGAACUCAGCUCUGUACAAAGGCAGAGAAUUUGCCAUUGAACUGGAAGUAUGUGGUGUUCAGGCACAUUUCCAGAAGUUGGCAAAUGUGUUCUGGUUCAAGGUUUGUUCGUGUUUGGAGGGAGUUGUCACAUGUGAAACUCUUAAACGAGACCCCACCAGCAGGUACAAAAAGAAGGUUACAGAAUAUCUACAACAAUUACAAAAAGAAGGCAUUAUCGACAAAGCACAAUACUACCGACUUUAUCCACAAGACUCAAUUCCCUGCUUAUAUGGACUCCCCAAAAUCCAUAAGGAAGGGGCCCCCCUCAGGCCCGUUGUCAGCAGCAUAAACUCGGUCACUUACAACAUCGCUAAACACAUAGCCAAGAUCUUGGCACCUUUGGUGGGCAACACCCCACAUCACAUCCACAACUCGAGAGACUUUGUGAACAAAGUCAGGGAUCUAAAAAUGGAUACAGAUGAAACCAUGGUAUCCUAUGACGUGACUUCCCUUUUCACGUGCAUCCCAACCAGUGAGGCAUUGUCCACAGUAAGAGAGAGACUUACACAGGACAACUCCCUCCAAACACGAACAAACCUUGAACCAGAACACAUUUGCCAACUUCUGGAAAUGUGCCUGAACACCACAUACUUCCAGUUCAAUGGCAAAUUCUACAGACAGAAACACGAUUGCGCUAUGGGUUCACCAGUAUCCCCCAUUGUUGCAAACCUAUAUAUGGAGGAGGUAGAAGGAAAGGCUUUAAACUCCUUUGAGGGAACAACACCAAGCCAUUGGUUCAGGUAUGUGGAUGACACUUGGGUUAAAAUCAAAACCAAAGAGGUGCAAGCCUUUUCCAAACACAUCAACUCUGUGGACAGUAACAUCAAGUUCACCAGGGAAGAUGCCAAGAAUAAUAGUUUGCCCUUCUUGGAUUGUCAAGUCAAUAUAGAAAAGGACAGAAGCCUCCACAUUGGGGUAUACAGAAAACCCAUACGCACAGACCAAUAUCUUCUUUUCGACUCACACCACCCUUUGGAACACAAGAUCGGGGUUAUCAGAACUCUGCAACACAGAGCUGAUAACGUACCCACAAGCUCACAGGCCCAAGGGGAGGAACACAUGCAUCUGAGAGAUGCCCUCAAAACUUGUGGUUACCCCACCUGGACCUUUUUGAAAACGGCAGCUGGUUCCAAAAAGAAAACCAUUGAUGUGGUGGGGAAAGAAAAACAAAACAAAAGAAACAACAUAGUUAUUCCAUAUGUGGCCGGGUUAUCGGAAAAACUCAGGAGAAUUUUCAACAAACACAGUAUCCCUGUGUAUUUCAAACCCGGCAACACACUCAAACAGAGACUGGUACAUCCAAAGGACAGAACACCACACACUCACAAGAGCAAUCUGGUGUAUGCAGUCCAAUGUAAUGAAGAAUGCAAUGACCUCUACAUUGGCGAAACAAAGCAACCACUACACAAACGCAUGGCCCAACACAGGAGAGCGAACUCUUCAGGUUUGGACUCUGCUGUCUAUCUACAUCUAAAGGAGAAAACCCAUUCCUUUGAGGACAACAAGGUCCACAUCCUGGACAGAGAGGACAGAUGGUUUGAAAGAGGAGUAAAAGAAGCCAUCUAUGUUAAAGUAGAGAAACCAUCUCUAAACCGAGGAGGAGGUCUAAGACACCACCUAUCUCCAAUAUACAAUGCUGCCCUUUCAUCCCUUCCCAGGAGACUUAACAAUUUGACCUCUAGGAAAAACAACCUUUCACAUGUGACUCGUCUCAUGUGACUCCAACGACUG